AUGGCAGCAGCAGAAGCAAGGGCCGUGUGGCAGAGAGCAGCUAAUCGUUGUUUUGUUCAAGAAGAUGCCAAAAGAGCUCCCAAAUUAGCUUGCUGCCAGUCCUCAUCUUCAACAACUAAGCAGGUUGAUGCAGGGCCUGCAACUGCAGCAGAAGGGCCAGAUCAUCCUGCUGCUGGUUUCAUGCCUCUUAACAGGAAUCCUUCAUAUUCCAGUCUACCCCCCGAUGCAAGAUGGUGGCUGCAAAUGCAACCUAGCUAUGGGUACCAAAAGGAUUUUACAUAUGAACAGUUAAAUGCGUUGGAGGCCGACAUGGAAACACUGAGAGCUGGGUUUGUAAAAUCAACACCUAAAACUAGCGAGGUCCGCCAACAGAAAGGAGAAUGUACUGAUGCUGAUGGUCACAAGAACAGCAAAGUCCAAAAGCAAGAUGUAAACGCCCAAUAUGGUAAGGACAUGAAGGAACUUGUUCAGUACAAGGAUAUGAGAGAAAAAUAUGAAAUUAUGGGGGUGGAUACCAUUGAUUACCCCUUUUCCAAACAACCCGAGGAAUUUUGUUGUGACCAUCCUUGGAUUGGAGGGGGGAGGGCUGAACCAUGGUGGCGGACGACUGAUAGAGAUGAAUUGGCCUCCUUGGUUGCGCAGAAGUCACUUAACCAUAUUGAGAACUGUGAUCUUCCCCCACCUCAGAAAAUGUAUCAUAAGAGACAUCCGUAUGCUGAUAUUGGAUGUUCUGACCACAAUGUAAUAUUGGGGACAUCUUUAGAUGGGAAAGCCCAAACUGGUGGUCUUUCCGAUUUGACGAGUCAUGCACAGUGCUAUUCUGAUCCUGCAAUAACACAUGAAAGAAAGGGAAAUGCAGCUGAAGAAGGGCACUCUGACAAAUCAUUCAGGGAUGUCACAGAGAUACAACAACUUUCUGAGGGAGAACCUACCAAAGCUCAGCUUAUGGAAGCGCUCUGCCAUUCUCAAACACGUGCAAGGGAAGCCGAGAAGGCAGCAAAGCAAGCUUAUGCUGAGAAGGAGCACAUUUUUAAGCUCUUCUUCAGACAAGCCACUCAACUCUUUGCCUAUAAGCAGUGGUUCCAAUUGCUGCAGCUGGAAACCCUUUGCAUCCAGAUUAAGAACGACCAGCCAGGCUCCGCUGUUGUCCCAGUGGUCCUUCCAUGGAUGCCAUUCAAAAGUAGGAAACCGCGGAGGAACUGGCGUAAGGGUCCCAAGGGUAAAAGAGGCAGGCGGGCCGAACCCAGGCGCGACAUUACCAAGUAUGCUGUUGCUUUUGCAUUAGGAUUCAGUCUUGUUGGUGCUGGCUUGCUCCUGGGAUGGACUGUGGGGUGGAUGUUACCCCAUUUAUAG